UAUACAUUCCAAUUCCCCCAUUCACCUUCCCUGUAUUAGACCAAGGGCCAAUCCACCUGACACAGGCCAACACCCAUCUUUUACCAUAACUGCUGUACCUGUAUGGGCUGUGGUAACCUACAUUCCUCAGCACUAUGAACUCCAGAUCUGCCUGUAACUGAUGAUUUGAGAGAGAAUUUAAGUUAGCAGUCAGUAAUCCUAAUAUGAGUCCUUUUGAGGAUAAUUAAUAUUGUAAAAAUUUGUCCUUGCUACCAUUAUUCUAAUGUUUACUGUGUUAAUGCAAAGCUUUAGCUUCUUAGGGAGCCCUCCUCUGACAACUAAGAUUGCAAAAUAACUUAUGUAAAAAGAAGUUCAUGAAGUUCAAGUGUCACAAUUUCCCUCAAUCCCUUCAUUUGUUUAUUUUUAAAAGACCAGUUUUGUUAGGCCUUCCCCAAAAGUGCAGAUGCUGAACAUUCUUCUAAUAGCUGCUUUGUGAAUAUUUUACUGUGUUCAUGUUUUGAACACUCCUUGUGAAUUAGGCCGCCUUUUGUUCUUCUAGUGGCAGUUGCCAUGUUAAGCUCUUGUUUGAUUAUGUGAGGCUCCUUAUUUUAAUGAGAGCAGCUUUUCUAAUGGCUGUUCCAUCCAUAUUUUUUUUUAAACAGUCAAUGAAGUCUCUUACUGGGGCUCUCUCUUGGGACAAAGGAUUUCUUAUGCUAAAGGAAAAUAGUCCAGGGGCAUAUAACUCGUGGGAAGCAUAACAUGCUCAUUUGUAAUGCCUGCUAUGUACUCUGCCCUUUUCCUCUAAUGUGUAGAGAGGAAAAUGACAUCAGGGAUAGGACAAUCCCAGUAUUUAUUUUGUUUUCCUGCAAAUAAAAAAGCGAUGUAACUCUUGCAUGUUCAGAUAUAACCAACUCAGGGCAUCUUUGGUAAAUCUUUACUUGAUCAGCAUGACAAGUUUGGUACAAAGGAAAAGCUUCUGUCUGAAAACAAACUGAUUUCAUAGUAGGUGUAACUGCAUGGUCUUAAGGGAAAGACAUUUAUAUAAAUACAGAUGACCAUGCAGCAUGCAGUUCAGGUGUGGUUUGGAGAUGAUAUUCCUUUAACUCCACGAAAUCCUCUGACUCCCAGACAUGGCCCGGGCUUGGCAGAUGUUUGCCUGUAUGAUCAGUGGAUAUCUGUGCGGCAUGAAGCAACACUGGUGCCUAUGAAGGAAGAUCUAUCAAUCUGGCUAUCUGGAUUGCUGGGGGUAGAAGUUGCAGCGGAACGGUUGCUGGAAGAGCUUGAUAAUGGUGUACUACUCUGCCAGUUGGUUGGUGUCCUUCAAAGUACAAUUAAAAAAUGCUGUAGCUCAAAGGACUUAAGGAAUUUUCCUAUGAGACGUGUCCCAUGUAAGAAGAAUGCACCAUCAGGAUCCUUCUUUGCUAGAGAUAAUACAGCCAACUUCCUUAACUGGUGUAGGUGCAUUGGAGUUGAUGAGACUUAUCUCUUUGAAUCUGAAGGUUUAGUUUUGCACAAGGAUCCAAGACAGGUGUAUCUCUGUCUACUGGAAAUUGGUCGCAUUGUAUCGAGGUAUGGAGUUGAACCUCCUGUGCUAGUAAAACUGGAGAACGAAAUUGAGUUAGAAGAGACAUUGUUAAUGACCUCUGGGCCUGUAACAUCUCUCAGCACCCCAAAGUCAUGUUGCCACCAUGGGGAACUGCAUGAAGCAGUUAAGCACAUAGCAGAAGAUCUUCCCUGUAGCUGUUCCCAUAGAUUUUCGAUUGAGUACUUAUCUGAAGGACGUUAUAGAUUGGGGGAUAAAAUACUCUUCAUACGAAUGCUGCAUGGAAAACAUGUGAUGGUACGUGUUGGUGGAGGCUGGGACACUCUUCAAGGUUUUCUUCUCAAAUAUGAUCCAUGUCGAGUGCUGCAAUUUGCAACUCUGGAGCAAAAAAUCCUGGCAUUUCAGAAAGGUGGCCCCAAUGAAGACACCCCUGAUUCAUCAUCUAGAACUCUGCAGCCUCCUUUCAUGAAUCCCAUAUUGGCUAUUAAUAUGUUUCAGAAACAAAAUUCAAAACCACCCACUCCUGUUUCAGUUAUAAAAGCCGCUCAGGUGGCCAGUGGUAAGCAGGCAUUAUCUAAACGUCCACAGUCACCUGCCUUGUCAUCCCCAAAAGGGGCAACCAAGUCCAUAUCAGCUCGUUCCAAGUUACAAGGAUCUCCAGCAAAGGGUGCCCAGUCUCCUUUCAGAUCCUUAACAGGUGCUUCAAAGAAACUGGAUUCUUCUGCACGCAACUUACCAACUUCUGCUAUUUCAAAACUUGCACAACCUACAAACAAAAGUUCUUCACCUGCAUUAUUAAAUACUGCUCCUGAUUGUUCAGGGCCACUGCGCAAACGCAUCUGGUCCCCUGAUACUCCUAAUGUCAAACUUGCACCAUCCCAAAAUUCUCCAGCAACAAUUUUACAUCCUACCCUCUCUUGUUCUACAAGUCAGCUUUCAGAAUUACCUGGGACAAGAGAAAUGAUGGCUUCAAAACAAAAAUAUGCUCCUUCUAAAUGCAAAACUGUAUCUAAUUCCAUCACCAAACCUAAUUCUAUUGCUUCAAAAUCCUCAUCAAAAUCUGCUAGGCCACCUAACGCAAAUCUGCCUGUUGUUUCUAAGCCUUCACAUUCUUAUCAGUCUCUUGCAAAAAUAGCAAAACCCACUUCCAAAAGUAACAAUGAAGCAUCAGGAAUAGGGUCCAGGCCUCCCAGAAGAGUGCCACAAACAGGAUCUGGCCCAGGGAGGAAUCUCAGAACCACUCCGGUCUUAAAACAGCCAGAUUCUGCAUCUUCGCUUGCAGCUGGUGAAACAUCACAGUUAAUGCCUCCUCUGGAAUCUCCAAGCAAGAACAUAGCUUCAGCUGCUAAUAAACAGCCUGCAGUAAAGUGUUUACGGGGACAAGAUAGCAGUAGAAACCCACAGAUAGGAUCCAGUUUAUCAAAACAUCCUGAACGCACUCCAUUAUCUGUUGUACGACUUCCCCAAACUUCAGCCAAAGCACAAACGACAAAAAAGACGGCACAGCCUUCCACAACAAGUCACUCCUCAAUCAAAACCUCCCAAAAGAGUGAUGAAAUCCUGGCUUCAACAGCCAAGAAACCCCUCUCAAAGGGAAAGACUACAAUAGCAUAUGGCAAGGGGACCACUGGUGUAUUAAAAAAUCCUAUUUUGAAGGCUAAACAAGAUGAUCACUAUUUUGUUAUGACAGGCAAUAAGAAACCCAGAAAGUAAGCAGAAAUAUGGUGCUUUCCAUUUACAUAACACUACACUAAUUACAAUGGUAACACUUUUAUGUCUCAGACAUGUAUGAGACCUAAGUGUAUUUUUUUUUCUAUAAGGAUUAUUACUAUAUACUCUGUCCAUACUUUGUAGUUAAAUACUGUUCCACUUUUAUUACAUAUGAAAAGUAACGUUACUUGCUAUUCAUCAUAACACAGUACAGACAGAGUACACCAGUUUGGUGAUUUAAGGCUGUUUUGGUUUUGGAGAGGACGACUGUUGCUACUCUCCUUUAAUGGAUUUUAGCUUAUUCUAGAUAUUUCUCCAAAGCAGGAUCCAGAUGACGAUUCAGAACAUUCUGGUACAUCGGUGUCAAGUUCCUGCUGUUGCUAAUUACAUUACAUAUACUGUACAUGUAUAAUUGAUAUCACUAAAAGCCAACGUAUUUGAAAAUAAAGAUAACAGGAUUAACCCUUUCAUUGCACUAAUUGAGCAAACUAAUUUAUCAAGUUUUGGAUAGGCAGUUGAUACAGAUCAGAGGAAUUAGGACUCUAGGCCAAAAUUUUCAAAUGGCUGGUGAUU